AUUUCUUUUUUCAUAUUUUUGUUCAGUAUCCCUUUAAAGCCUGCGAAGUGCUGGAGUAGGUCUGCUUUGAAAUUAUGCUCUUACAGCGCUACAUUUUUAACACAACCCAGGCGCAACACUGAAAUAAGGAAUUAGAUAUUAAGACCCUUUACCAGUUGCAUAAUACCAAGAUAGUCGCCGAGAUAGAAAAGUGAUAAACCCCAACAGCGUCCGCAACCCUCUUAUCUUCUCUUAACAGCGUUUUUUUUUUUUUAAAUUCUUGCUCCAAGGAUCAAAACACACUGUCAGUUCGCUGUUGAGCCCGAUGGAAGUGCAUGAAAGCCGAGACUCGAUAUGCUGACAGCUCGUUCCGUAUGAGGACCACACAACAGCUCUGGCAAAGACGGUGACAUCAGCAUCGCUUAGUUUUCCGCCGCCUUGCGCAGUGCAGGAGCCGAGACGCUGACGCUGUGGCUGGUUCCGAUUUCUCCUAAGACGGCCACUCGACGAGGAGUGUCCGAACAGCGUCCGCUAAGCAAGUAAAUAAGUCUGUCCACAGGAGUGCACGCGCACUCGCCUAUAGUUUUCGCUGUCAGCUAUUUUCCUUUUUUUUCGCGUGGGACGGUUCUAGCGACUUACGGGGACAUUGUGGCUAUCUGGCUCGGUUAUGAAAAAGCGUUAGUACGCAUAUUGUGGCUUAUCAUAUCCCGGCUUGCCACAGCUACAAAAGUUAAAGGAGAGGCUCCUUUAUAUAGAGCACGCGCUGUUUCGCGACUCCACUCUAGUCUUCCCACUCUGGUUCUGCGGCACCCUCAUCGGAACUCUGCCAACAUGAAGGUUGUUCUUGCCCUCGCCGUUGUCGCACUCGUCGGCUUCGUCAGCGCCGACCCACCGUUUUCCCUGUGCGGGGCGACAACCGAGCAAAGGCACAACCUAGUAACCUGCGUGCGUGGCAAUAUCGACGAAGCAACUUCUCAGAAGCUCACAGAGGUGAAGGAGCGCCUUCAUUGUGAGGACUUGGACUGCGUCUUCAAUAAGAUUUGUGAACGCAGCCAUGAGACUCGCCAAGCACAGUCGAACGCCUUCCUCUCGGACGACGUCAAGGCCCGGGUUCGUGCUGCUCUGACGACGUGCCAGCCAAGCCACUGAUACUCCUCUUCAAUAAUUGAUCGCUAUGGCACAUCGCGAUAAACAUUAAAACCAUGUAUCCGUAGUAAACAUUUACUGCAUGUGUCAGAUCCAUUUCUAAACAUGUUCUUGCCUAAUGAAUACAGAUAAAUGGGAAAGUAGGCUACAUUGUAGCCGGCUAUAGAUGCAGGUAAAAAAUUGGAGUUCCCACUUUCUCGGCGAAACCCACGUACAUACGACCGACACGCAAACUACUAUAUCUUUUAAAAACAAAAACAAAAAAGAACAAAGCAUUCUAAAUGUCAAUAAAGAGGAACGAUGGAACUAACAAGCUUUAUCCGGAAAAUUUGGGAUUGCUCAAAAAUGUCAUAACCUUUUUUUUAGAAUUCGCCAAUAAAAUACAGCAGAUGACAGUGCAUCCAAAGGCACGUUUGUAAACGUUUUGACAAAAUAUGAAGAUUCUGUAUCAAAUUACUCACUUUUUUAUUCGCCCGGAGAUUCUUGGUGGCUUGGGCAAUUCCUGUAUGUCGACCAUGAAAACUGCACUUUUAUUCUAUUAGGGAAGGCGAGGUUGGUGUAGUGUCUGCACACUUUCGGAACUUUUGCUUUUCAGACUGUGAAUUGAGUGUAUUUGCGACGUGGCCAAUUCAUUACAUAGCGCAGAACGGUAAAAACUAGGCCAAACACGUGGACGCCUUUAGACGUAUAGUAUGUUGGCAAAGACGUACUGUAUAGAUUCUCUACAGGGAAGCGCUUGAAGCCUGUUGAAGAUUAAAAAUAUCCUUCAAAACUUGCUUUUCUUUUCACUUCAUGCUAAAGAACGUUGGUGAAUUAUUGAAGAAAGAAAGGCCAAAUUACCUGUUUUUUGAACUUUUUUGUCGGAACCUGAAUGUCGUCACGUGAGUGUAAUGUAGGGAAUAUCAUAUUUUUAUUGUAUUUGGGCCAUUCUGCCACCAAAUAAGUUCUCGCUUUCUAGGUUGAGUCUUCGGUUUAUUCACGACCGAGUGAACAAAAAGUCAUGACGUAUUUACCAGCAGGUAGGGCAAGCUUAGCGGAAGCACGUCGCCACCGAUGUUUUGUUUUAGCAGCUUUUCUUUCAUACCAAGAUUCUUCCUGGCAGUAGUGGGAAACGUCUCUUUGUGAAGCGCAAUCUACAAGCACUGUUCCACUUAACCUUUUUCUUUAGUGUACAUUUCCCAGUCAACAUCAGGGUGCCGCACGGAACUAGCACUGAAUUGAUAACUGGAGCGGAACCGUUAUAUUCAGCUGAACCAACCCGUUAUUUUUCAGCCAUCUUGGAACCAAACCCGUACCGGAACUUAUUGGAGAGGCUGUUCGAACAGGUUUGAAAAGCGGUUCAGAAGGUCCUGUAGACGCUCCGCUAGGACACCUUAGAGAGGAAAUGUGGGACAAAGGGUGAAAGCUUCUAUUAGUAUGAAACGAUUUCCAUGCUACAGGCAAGACUAAGAUAACUUCAAAUAGCCUCAACUCAGUUGCGUCACAUGCGUUGUAAAUUUUGUGCUAGCCUAUCUGCCGUUUAGAGAACCAAAACUGUAGACGCUCUACAUGUUAUCGCGCAUCAUGCUCCACCAAAGGGACCGAAACAAUUCUGUUUAGCUUUCUGUUCUGUGUUGAUGCUGUACGCGGUCGGCUGAGCUGCAGUUGCAAUCCAGCUACUCACGAGAAAACUAUAGCGCUGAAAGUCGUAAUGUUAAUCCUUUCCGUAGCCGCAUGGCGUCACGUAUGGCGCCACAGUGUGUCGUGCGACAACGACUGUUCGAGAAUGAGGGUAGAAAAGCAGUCCUGUUUCGUUAUACCCGUUAACGGCGGUUAGCUGGCCCGAUUAAGCAUGGGGUACACAGGAAUGUGUGUGGUUACAUGGA